AUGUCCAUUCAAGUUUCAUCAAAUUCUGGCAACCUUUUUAUUUUUCGGCGAGUGAAUNGAUCUUUAGCGAUAGCUUCCGUUGUUCAAACAGUCACUAUCGCACAUCCAUCUUCCUCUACAACUCCAGCUCCACCACCUAUAGCUCUAGUUCCGCCACCUAUAACUCCAGUUCCACCACCUAGUCCAGUUCAACCUUCUACCGCUCCACCACUCCUGACUUAUCUUCGUCGUCCACGCCCAGCAUCAAGCCCUAUUGAUUCACGUGCUGCACCUAACCCUGCUAAUACCGCGGACUUGUCUCCUCUUAGUCAACCGAUUGCACUACGGAAAAGUAUACGGUCCACACUUAAUCCUAAUCCGCAUUAUGUUGGUUUAAGUUACCAUCGUCUGUCAUCGCCCCAUUGUGCAUUUGUAUCAUCUUUGUCCUCUGUUUCCAUCCCUAAGUCUACAGCCAAAGUUGGUCCAGAUGGCCAGGUUGAUCGACUUAAGGCUCUUCUUGUUACCAAAGGCUCAGGUAUUGUGAUCUCACAAUGGAAGUAUGCCUUAAACAUUCUUGAGGAGACGGGAAUGACAGGCUGUAGACCUGUUGAUCCGAAUUCUAAACUUCUUCCAAGGCAGGGGGAGUCGCUUAGCGAUCCUGCAAGAUAUAGACGGCUG